UUCGGAAUACUAUCUUGACUUAUCCUUUCGGAUGUCUUCUGACUUUAUUUUAAGAACGACAAGUAUUUCCCACCAGAUGGAUUUUCCUGUGUAUGUAGUUUUACCAGGAAGUGGCGUGGGUCUAAGGUUUGGAUCACCAACACCAAAACAAUACACCUGUGUCUUGAACAAACCCCUGUUUUUGUAUACUGUGCAGGCUUUCCAUAGAUUCCCAUGGGUACACACUGUUGUGGUAGUUGUCUCCCCUGAUGACAUUUUCUGGGUAAAGGAACAAUUAAAGAAGAACAACUUGACCCGAGUCAGGGUGGUGGCGGGGGCAGAAACACGACACAGAUCUAUUUAUAACGGAGUCAAGGCCCUCAGAGACGUGUAUACAGGGGAUGCUGUUGUCCUUAUUCAUGACAUUGUACGUGUACUAGCAGAGGAAUCUGUCAUAAAGGAUGUAGCUUUGGCAGCCAAACAGCAUGGUGCUGCUGGUAUUACUCGACCUUUGACCUCUACAGUGAUAGCGAGGGACAGUGACGGAUUUCUGUCGGAAUCUCUUGACAGAACUAAAUACCUGGCCAGUGAGAUGCCCCAGGGAUUCCAAUUAGAUAUCAUCAACACUGCUUAUGAAAAGGCCUCUGAAUAUGACUUUGAGUUUGGAACAGAAUGUCUCCACUUGGCCUCCAAAUACACAGGGACCAGGGUCAGACUUGUGGAGGGACCAGACAGUCUGUGGAAGAUUACAUACAGAAAAGAUUUAUUUGCAGCAGAGGGGAUACUAAGAGAAAAUCUAUCAUCAAUUUUCAUUGAGGAGGGAUUUACAAAUCAAAGAGAGAAUAUCAUGAGUUCCAUCGCAGAAGGAAAUCUAAAGGUGAUUCAGCAGUUGUCUCCUUUGUUAUAA